AUGGUGUAUAGCCAGCUACAAGCUCUAAAGCGGAACUACUAUCUGGAUUGGCUGAGGAAUCUGCACAAGGGCAAGCCAAAAACAUUUGCCAUUACCUUCAUGGGAGUCAAGCAGAUUUGUACCAUUGAGGGCGAAAACCUCAAGGCAAUUCAAGCAACCAACUUCAAAGACUUUGGGCUGGAGCCCAUGCGCCGGAAGACGAAAGGUGCGAUGCCCUUUGCCGACAAGGGCAUCAGCACAACGGAUGGAAAGAACUGGGAGUUUGCUCGAUUUCUCGUGAAGCCUUUCUUCUACAGAGAAGUUUACGCUAGCAUUGACCGAGUCGACCCUUACGUCCGUAAGCUAUUCGGCCUCCUGCCAGAAGAAGAUGGCGUGACAUUUGACAUCCAGCCUCUGAUUCAGCGAUGGUUCCUUGAUUUAACGAGCGAGUUUAUCUUUGGCAAGACUAUGGAUUCUAUGACUUAUCCCGAUCGUGCCAACAUCACAUGGACUAUGCUAGACGUUCUACGAGGCGGUCGACUUCGCAUCCAAAUGUACAAGUUUCUGUGGGCAUUCAACUGGAACUGGUGGCUGAAGGCCGUUUACGAAGUCCAUGACUUUGUCAACGUACACAUCCGCAGCACAUAUAAAGAACUCGCAGCGCGCGAACAGCGUAUCAGGGACGGGCUGCCUGUGGGCCCAGAGCGUGUUGAUCUCCUGUGGUAUAUGGCUACCCACGUCAGAGAUGAGGAGGAACUGAGGUCUCAGCUGUGUCUGGUUUUUGUUCCAAACAACGACACCACGUCCAUCUUCAUUAGCAACUGCAUAUGGCACCUAGCUCGUGAUCAUGAAGCAUGGCAGAAGCUGCGCAAGGAAGUUCUCGACUACGGCGAUCAGCCCAUCACAUUCGAGUCCCUAAGAAGCAUGCCCUAUCUGAACGGCGUGCUCAAUGAGACACAUCGGUUGACUCCCAACAACAUCGUCCAAGUGCGUGCUUGCCUCAACGAUUCCGUCCUGCCUCUGGGUGGGGGUCCUGAUGGCAAGUCGCCCUUAUACGUGAACAAAGGCGACCUCGUCUCAGUAACCAAGACCGUCAUGUAUCGCGACCCAGAUAUCUGGGGUCCCGACGUCGAUGUAUUCAGACCGGAGCGUUUUUUUGGUGUCCGCGGCAACUGGAACUUUCUGCCCUUUGGGGGCGGUCCUCGUCGGUGCCCUGCGCAGAUGAUGGUCCAGACAGAGUCGGCCUAUAUGCUGUUCCAACUGGCAAAGAGGUACUCGCGACUUGAGUGUCGUGACCCGGAGCCUUACACCGCCGUGAUGCGGAUCGGGCCGUCCAAUAUUAACGGCGUCAAGAUAGCUUUCUACAAGUGA